GAGGGGUGAUUUUUGUGUGUGUGGGUAAUUCUAGACAGUUAUACUCCGCCAAUAAUUCACUGCCGACAUUAAACCGCCCCAGGUCCACAAAUCAACAGCGCCAAAUUAUGAGUUCGCUCCACUUCGCCAACGCGCUGUUUCCCAAAUACCAACAAGCCGCUGCGAGCUGCUCCGCUCAGCUCUUCACAGACUCUUCAACUUCUCCCUCCCCGUCUUCCUCUGCUUGUCCUGCCGGGUCUUCUUCGUGCGCCCUCGCUUCCAGCGGAUAUCACCACCAUCAUGUCUCCAAUGGGAGAAACAGCGGAAGACUCCCUUUCCCUCCCCCCUCCUCUUCUUCUUUUUCUCCCUCCUCCUCCUCCUCCUCCUCUUCCUCCUCCUUCCCCCCCUCCUCUACUUCCUUAUGGUUCUGUUUGUCUCUUUCGGGACUGAACGGGAACAGCGGGGGCACUCAGCCCAGCACGCAUCCUCUGAACCGCGCAGAAAUCCGCACUGGAGGGGCUUACAGCGCGCCGGGAGCCGCACCGCCGUGCUCCUCUCUGCAGAGAUGCGCCGCGGAGGAGCGGUUCCCCCGUCCGCCUCAGCUCUGCUCCUCGCUGGCCGCCAGGGCGCCUGAGCCGGCCUGCAGGAUGCAGAGACGUUCGGAGCAGCAGCAGCAGCAGCAGCAGCAGCCUCAGCCAAACCAAGAGAGGCUACAGAUUUACCCCUGGAUGAGAAGCUCAGGUGCAGACAGGAGGCGCGGCCGGCAGACGUACACGCGCCACCAGACGCUCGAGCUGGAGAAGGAGUUCCACUUCAACCGGUACCUCACGAGACGGCGGAGGAUCGAGGUCGCGCACGCGCUCUGCCUCACUGAGCGGCAGAUCAAGAUCUGGUUCCAGAACCGGAGGAUGAAGUGGAAGAAGGAGAACAGGGCGACCGAGAGCGGCUCCCCGACAGCAGCACCUCUACCGACGGCUGAGGAGCAAGAGGAGGAGGAGGAUGAAGAGGAGGAUGAAGGAUAACUAGACUGGACACUGCUGAGGAACAAAGCAGGAUAACAAAGUGUUUCAGCUUCACUCUGCAGUCAGGUUAUUGUCACCCAGCAACAACUGCACUGUAAAAAAAAAAAUCAUACAGGAUUUUAGUGGUUUCAUCUUUUCUCAUUAACUUCAUGUAAAUUUGUAAGUUUUGUUCAUUUCAAUUGAUAAACAUGAGUUGUUCUAACUUAAAGUAUGUUGACUUGAAGAAAAUAAGAAUUAAGUUUUUAAAGAAACAAAACUAGCAUAAUAACAGACUUCCCAGCAUGCAUUGCCGGGAGUUAAAACUGUCCAGACACUCUCAUUUUUUGUAGUUUGAUGAAAACAGACAUGAUGUAAACUUCAAGUCUAAAGUCGUUGCUGUUUCUUAUAAGGAAUAUAAUAAUAAAAAUAUAAGUCCACUUGAUUUGAAAACUUACAUUUAAUUGCUGCCUUAAAACAUGAGUAAACUUGACUUGAAAUGGCGACUGGUGUGAAUAAAGUUACCUUAACUUGAAAUUGUGAGAUAAAAUAGAGUGGAAUUGAAUGUUUUUUUUUAACAAGGUAAAGCAGGUUUUCUUGAAUGGAUAAUAUAACAUAAUUGAACAACUUUUACAAUUUCACUUUUUGAGUUGAAACAAAGCUUGUCUUAAACUUGUACAUUAGUUAUUAUAACUAAUGUUAAAAAAUUAUUAUAACUAAUGUUAUAAAAUGACGUUAGCUAUAAAUAAUGUGUAGAUCCUGUAUACUCAUCCCUUUUACAUCUAUUUAAUUUUGAUUAGAACAUGUGAUAUAUGUCUUAAUGUAGACCUGCUAAAAUUCCAUAUAUUAAUUCAGCUCAGUCAUGCCUGGUGUUUGUGGGACUAUCCUCUAGCUAAAGUUUCCUGAAAGUAAAUUAAUAUAUUCAUCAUAGACACUCAUAUCGGAAAUAUCCACUUACUGUACUCGUGUGUUUGUAGCACUGUAUUUCCUCAACAUUUCACAUUCUGUUUGUUCAGACAUGUAGAGGAACCCUCACACCAUUUGGGAUGAGUCAGAGCUUGCAUCGCCAAAUGAGCGGAGUUCAGAUGUGUCAACACCCAUUUGUCCUGGCUUUAUUUUGCACUUCUUUUAUUUCUGGGGUUUGUCAAAAUAUUUGUCAGUUCAUCUGCAUUUGCGCCAAAACUGACAACUGUUUACUGACAUUUUUAAGGCAGCAACUGAAUUUAAGUUUUUAACCACAUGAAUUAUUUUUACGGCCUGAGAAGCUGUUAAAGACACGUUAAAACGAUAGGAAAUAAUAUGUAACUUACAUCAGUGUAGUUAUGUGCUGUGAUGUAUUUAUUUCCAUCCGGUUGCAGGGCAGAAUCAUCAUGUUUCAGCUCUGUGUGUCUCUUCAACCUCUUCAACAGCAGAGAGGGAAACCAGAAAGUAAUGAUCAUGUGUGGGGGUCUAUGUCAGUUCAGGUUUUAUGGAAUCCAUAUAGAAUCCUUCAUGUUAUUGUGAGAGAAGUUUUCAUCACCUGAUCCGCAGCAGAAAGGGACACAAUGUUUGUUCACGUAACGAAUGAAAGGGCAGAACUGAUGUCUGUGGAUAUGCUGCUUAUUGUUAAUGAUGAAAACUGUGUAUAAUCCAGAGAAUGAAAGGAUGCAGGGAUGGAAUCACAGCUUCAUGUUGCUUUGUUGUGAUUCCCACUGACUUAUGAAUUUUUCUUAUUGCCCAGCCACCAACUACACUCUGUGCACUUUCCCCGCUUUUUAGGAAAAGAUCCUCAUAAUUACACAUUUAAUUACUUUGAAUUUCUGUUCAUUUAAACUCCUUUAUGAUCUCAAUUUUUAAAAACAGGUUUGUAGUGGAGGAUUUUUUUUUUCAGAUUUUCCAUCUAAUCAGAAUCACAAAAAUAUCAAAAUCAGCAUUAAAAAAAAAGCCAACACGUUAUAGUAGCUGUGGCUACAUCUGCUCUUGUGUUGUAGAAUAUGGGGUUGAUUCUGUCUCUAAAGGGUUAGUAGGGUUAGUAAUAUAUGUAAUAUCAAAUCUUCAAAUGUCAUGUGCUUAAACUAUAUGUGCACGUUGUCCUGAAUUGAUUUUUGAUUCAAUAAUUCAGUUGAUAGAAUAUAACUCUUAUAUCUUUGAAUAGUUGGUCAAUGAGUUUGUGUCUGUCUCGUGUUUGUUAAUAAAUGGCUCCACUGGAGUUCAGCUGUGUCUUCUCUUGUAUGUAAAUAAUAAAAAAUGUCGACUGAUGA